UGGUAAGCAAAUGUUGUGUAUCGUGUACCGUGUAACGUGCACCUCCUUUAUUUCGUUUUCCUCGAUAUCUUUGUGUGUUGUGCCUCUUAUACGUUAAAGAAGAGUUGUGUUUACUGGCUGGAAUAUGCCGCGUUAGAAGCCAAAUGGCUUCAUUUACGUGCACUUUCAUUGUUUCGCCUCGACGGAUAUAAGGAAGAGUACGACAGUGUUUCCACGGAUUCGAGCUUUCCUUCUUUCGUUGCUCCGUUCGUUGUCAGUCCUCCGUGGACUGUCGCGAGUGAUCACAGUGUUAUUCGUUACAAGGAGAAUAGUUGUGGACAGAAAGAGGGCGAACAUUUUUUAAGAUGCUGACUUCCAGCGCGAAUCAGUAUCUCCGUCCGGAAUACCUUACGCCUCUACCUACUACGUUGGAUGCGAAGAAGAGCCCGCUCGCACUCCUCGCGCAGACUUGUAGCCAAAUAGGAGCCGACACGCCGUCCAAUAAAUCUCUGUUGGGCUCGUUGGACAAAGGUUCGAGCAACAAAUCGUCCAAGUCCGCGGAUCAGUCGCGUGAAAAAUCGUCGCCGGCAAUCGUGGCGGCCUCGACGGAAUCGAACAAGACCAACUUCAAGCCGUACGAGUCGUGUUUGGGUCGUGAGAAAGCAUCGAGUCCGGACGAGCAGCGAUCCGCCUCUAGUCACUCGACGUCCGGCCGAUCGAGGACACCCGGUAGCAACAACAAACGAUGCCCGAGUAAUCAGAGCGCCUCGUCUGUUAGAGCGGUGACACCACAGGGCCGAAAAACUGCUACACCGAACGGCGACAUAGCUCGAGAGUCACCCGCCUCGAGGACAUCGGUCGCGAAUCUUUCGUCGAGCCAACUAGAGUCGUCGAGCUCGUCGCAGCCAGUCGUCGUCACCAGUCCGUCGUUACAAGCGAAACCCUCUUACAGCCCAGCCGGAGUUCUAGCGAUGACGGAUCCGUCCAUCAAGGAUCUUCCGUUGGGAACUUUCAAGCCGGGCGUCAGUCUAGCCUCGUCGAGCUCCGGUUAUUUAGGUUACAGUCCACAAUUACCCAUCGACGUGACGGCCAAUUCUUUGAUGUCUCACCAGCAGGCCGCGUUGAAGAACGGCCUGGUAGCCGGUAAUCCCUAUCUCAGUUACGCCAGGUUGAAGAGUUCCUCGGAUGCUCUGAUGCCGGUCUGCAGGGACCCCUAUUGCACCGGUUGCCAGUUGAACUCUCAUCUGCUUGCCAGCUCCGCGAGUGCAGUGGUGGCGAACGGGAAGUUAGCCGGUAACACGGCCGGUGCAACGGGUUCCUGUCCCGCUGGGUGUGCUCAGUGCGAUCACAAGCCCAGUACGGCGGCUUACGGAGCGUUGGGUGUAGCCGCGUACGCACAUGCACAGCUAGCUGCUUUGGCAGCGGCCUCGCAACUUCCGUACGUUUGCAACUGGAUCGCCGGCGACACCGCUUACUGCGGCAAAAGGUUCUCCACGUCGGACGAAUUGCUGCAACAUCUGAGGAGUCACACGAGCGUGUCGAGCGGCAGCGGAGUUACGGAUCCUUCGGCGGCCGCGUUGUCGCUGCUGUCGCCCUCCGUCGGACUACCGCCAACGCAUCCUUUGUUCUCCAGGACUUAUCCCACGCCACCUUUGAGCCCGCUCGCAACCGCGCGUUAUCACCCUUACGGCAAACCUUCGCCGUUGUUGCCACCGUCUUUAUCGUCGUUGGGUUUACCGCUCCCACCGCCGCACCCUCACACACCAGCUGGAUUACCCCCGUACUUCUCCCCGUACUCGCUCUACGGAGCUCCUCGCCUUGGCGCUGCGUCCGGCUUGCCUCAAUGAGUUCUUCGCCACGAACAUUGCCGACCAGACGUGUCGAAAAAUAUCAACCGUUUAACUGUGAUCCACGUGCGAGUAUAGGGAAGUGUUUGAUACGUAGAUACGUGAGAAACCGAAGAUACGGAAUCCGAACAAGCAAGUCAACCUCGUUAAAGUAACCUCGCAAUUGCGUUCAACGAACGAAUUAGUUUCGCUUCAUCUCAUCGUCGCGAUAUCGUCGUUGACGCCAUUUUCCUUUCUUCUUUUUUACCUGUCUCCCUCUUUCUCUCUCUUCCUCUCCUUCUCUUUCUC